GGCUCGUGUUUUCAAUCGUUCUAGAUUAAAAAAGAAGAAAAAAAAUCCUGUAGUGUAAGCCCCCCCAAAAAGGCUUUAAGAAUAAAGAGCAGUCAUGAUGAGGAGCUCCGGCAUGAUGAAGCCGCACUACUCGGUUGCCUUGGUGAGGAUGACGGCCGCCUGCACUAACGGUCGCUGCGCGCGCAAAUUUCUCCACAGUGACUGCGUCAUUGACGAGAAGACCGUGGUCCUGCAGAAGAAGGAUAACGAGGGCUUUGGCUUCGUGCUGAGAGGGGCUAAAGCUGAUACCCCAAUUGAGGAGUUCACCCCGACCCCAGCUUUCCCUGCCCUGCAGUACCUGGAGUCUGUGGACGAGGGUGGGGUAGCAUGGCAGGCUGGACUGCGCACUGGAGACUUCCUUAUCGAGGUUAACAAAGACAACGUGGUGAAGGUGGGCCACAAACAAGUGGUUAAUAUGAUCCGUCACGGGGGAAAUCAUCUCAUCAUCAAAGUCGUGACUGUCAGCAGAAAUCCCGACCCCGAUGAUACAGCUCGAAAAAAAGCUCCGGCCCCUCCAAGGAGAGCUCCAUCCGCCGCACUUUCUAUGCGAUCCAAAUCCAUGACCUCAGAAUUGGAGGAUUUGGAUAAAGUGGAGGAGGUGGUACCUCCCCAGAAACCAGUGUGGGACAGCGCGAACGUGGACGUGAGGGUGGCAGCUGUUAAACCGCGCCCCACAAGCAGGUGCUUUGCAGUGGCCCCGGAAAUGAAUUCACUAUGUAACAGCCAAGACACAUCAGUGGAUUCCCCACCAGUAACAGCAGCUCCUAAAGGCCCGUUCUUGGGUGUACCAAAAGGAACCAUCCGCCGACAGACAUCGAUAGGGGUAACUGAAGAAGAAAAGCAGUUCCUUACUCCUCCCAUGUUAAAAUUUACAAGAAGCCUAUCGAUGCCUGACACUUCAGAAGACAUCCCCCCACCACCUGCUAUUUCCCCUCCGUCUCCUCCCCACAACAAUGCCCCGGCGCCUGCUGGACACAGUUAUGGCACAAUCCGACCAGGCAUUACACCUCAAACUCCUACUGUGAACAACGCUCCUUCAGACAGAGGAGACUCAAGCAUUGGCCCAGGUUGGAGAGACCAAGGCAUGUAUUACAGAGAGAAUUCUGAACAGUACGAUGCAGAGGAAUACACCAACAGUCCAACUGCUCAGCAGAGCCUUCACAUGCGGCGAGCCCAAAUUCCUGAGAACCCAUACUCUGACGUUGGCAAAAUGGCUAAUGCUGCGCUGUUUGUUCCAAACAAGCCUGCACGGCGAAAGGGCAUGCUUGUAAAGCAGUCUAAUGUAGAGGACAGCCCAGAGAAGACCUGCUCCAUCCCCAUACCUACCAUCAUCAUCAAAGAGCCCUCCACCAGCAGCAGCGGAAAGAGCAGCCAGGGUAGCAGUAUGGAGAUUGAGACAACUACGCCUGAUCAACCAGGCCAACUACGCCCAGAGGAUGGCCUCAGUACAGGAACCCCUUUUGCAACUGCCAUGACUUCCAGUGCAGCCAGAGAAAAACGGCUGGAGGUUCACAGAAAUUCCCCUUCUUUCAGAUCCACAGAUGCUGGCGAUGAGGAUGUGGUUCCCACUCCUACCCCUCGUCUGCGACACUCAAAGUCUAUUGAUGAGGGCAUGUUUAGCAGUGAUGAGCGUCUCCGCCGGCUCAUGGCUCCACCUUCAUCCCUGCUCAGCAUCCCUCGAGGAGGCGGCAACGUAACAGACUUCAAUAGUCCUGAACCCACAAUGGUGCGGGAAUUACUCAACACUAGAACAGGCCACAGUCCUAUUAGCCUGCCAGCUCACAAGACCUACAGCUCAGGGAGCGGGAACUAUGUUCACCCUGUCACAGGGAAACCGCUAGACCCCAAUUCCCCAUUAGCUUUAGCAUUAGCUGCCAGAGACCGUGCCAUGAGGGAGCAGUCACAACCUUUGCCACUUAAGAGUGACCCCUCCAAACUUGACCUCAACAAGCCACUUUUUAUUGAUACUAAACUUCGAUCGAAUGUUGAAGUGAGUUUCUCUAACACUGCCACCAUGGGCAGGCCACGGGGAGGCCUACGGAGACAGAUGACAGAAUCCAAGUAUGAGACUGAGUCCAAGUUCCAGCUGGACCUGGGAAAGGUUGAAAAAAGGCCAGAGGAGAAAAAGAACAUGCUGAUUGACAUUGUGGACAAAUCACAGCAGAAGUCAGCAGGGUUGCUAAUGGUUCAUACCACAGAUGGGGCUAAAACUGAAGAGAACAACCUGUCAGAAAGAGAGAGGGAUGAGGAUGUUUGUCCUGACAGCACACCUGGGGAGCUUCGUGAUCCCAAUCAACCAGCUCCAGCAAAGCCUGCACCAACAAAGACGCUCUCUGCCGUGCCACCAAAAACCAUGAUCUCUGUCAGUUCUGUAGAUGAGCCUGUCAAACUUCCCUUUGGAAUCCCUCCACCACCUCUGGCCUCUGUUGACAUUGAUGAGGAGUUCGUGUUUGCUGAACCCCUGCCUCCUCCAUUAGAGUUUGCCAACAGUUUUGACAUCCCUGAAGACCAAUCAGGGGCACUCAGUGAGCUACUUAAACAGAAAUCCAAUGGCAUGAGUGGACCAACACUUGCUCCCUAUUACCCACAUUUAACCACAAGCAACUCAAGAGAUCAAGAGAUCAAGAGACCAACAGUUCUCACUAACUGCACACCUCCCAGCUUUCCUACCGGACCUCUGGAACCCUAUGAGCCCAUUAUUGACUCAGGCAUCGAAGUUGACAGCCGGAGCAGUGGAGACCCCCAACUGGAGACCACAAGUACGGUCUCCACUGUUUCCAGCAUCUCCACCUUAUCGUCAGAAGGAGGAGAGACCCUGGACACUUGCAUGGUUUAUGCAGACGGUCAGGCCUUUCUGGUGGACAGGGCACAGGUCCUGCCCAAGCCUAAAGCCAAGUACGCCGUCAACAAGAGCAAUGCACUUUACAAGGACGCCUUAAAUGAGGAGACCAUAAGUUCUUUCAGGGUGCCCUCCUCAAUCCCCCCACCACCCCUGGGAACUGCCCCACCAGAGCCUCUAAAAACCCCAACACAAAGAACCUCAAAGCUUUGGGGAGAACCUCUGGAUCUGAAAAACCCCCACGGACCAGAGACAAAACCCCAAGGCUUGACUGAAAUUAACUCUGUCCUGCAACAUGUCAACAAAGACAAAGCACCAAAGCCAGGGGAAGCGCUAGACUCUCCACCAGGAUGUAGAACUCAUUUUGGAUUGAGAAACCAGGACGGUGUGUCCCUCAUCUCAGGAACCCAGCCAAACUCCGGCGUGUCCUUCACCAAUCAGCCCGGCCCAAACGUGCCUGCGCCAUCGCCAUGCCGACAAGCUGAGAGCUUGCAUCACCAUCGGCAUCCCUCAAGCCCAAGCAUCACAUCUCCGCCUCCAAUUCUGAGCUGCUCCUCAUCUUCCUCCUCUCUACCCGCGGUGAGCACCACGUCCUCAGUACAGGGCCGAAGCCGCUCGCCUUCGCCGCUCUCCUUCCUACAGGCUGCCUCCGGUAAGCCGUUUGCCUCGAAGGCGGUGCUUUCGUGGACCAAACAGGACGUGGCUGACUGGCUGGAAAGCCUCAACCUGGCCGAGCACAGAGACGCCUUCCUGGAGAACGACAUAGAGGGCACACACCUGCCCAGCCUGCAGAAACAGGACCUAAUUGACCUGGGGGUGACGCGCGUCGGUCAUCGCAUGAACAUCGAGCGCGCACUUAAGCUGCUACUCGACAGAUGAGACUGGGACAGCAAAAGCAUUCUUUUAUCUUGAGCUCCAUUUUGUUCCUCGCUCAUUUUUGUUCUUUGCUUAUUUUAAUAUCUUGAUUUUUAUUUAUUUUUUCUUCUUGUCAGCUGGAAAGGAUUUCUAGGGACCACUCAUGUCCUGAAGAAAAAGGUUCUGACAAGAUGUUAGAGAUACAGACAAAGCACAAACCUCUUUAUAUGUGAAAGUUCCAGCCAGUGACGGGCCGCGACAAGCCAAACACGCUGUACAGUCCACACACAGACACACACACACAUAUACACCCACACACAUUAGAGCUCAUUGCUGUUUUGGGGUUUUACAGACUCAGGCCUUGUGUGAAUGGACCGAAGAACCAGCAGAGCUGGCCUUCCAUUUUCUAUCUUUGCUAAGACGAUUAUCCAGAGAAUAUUUCUUCAGCAAAAAGGGAAGGAUCAUCUGUGUAUUGGCUGAAAAGUCAUGCUUUUUUUUUUCUUCCUUCUGCAUAUCUGACCCGGGAUGUACAUUGAUUUUUAAGAUAAGCGCAUUCCGUGCGUCAUGCUGUCCCUCAGAUCACGUAUUCACGACCCCUGCAUAUUCACCAGAAACACGAAGGGUCACUUGUGUGUGCGUUAACAUGAUGAUUUUCCAUUAUUUUGUCCUUGAUUGCAGUAAGAACGUAAGCUGUUUGUCAGAAUGGGUCAAAAUCACUCAAGUCCUUCUAAAGAGUAAUAUCUACUGUCUUCCACAUCGUGAGGUUUGACUGCAUUCUUGCGAUUUGUUUUAGUUCCACAACUCCUAAUAGAUUAGACUAUUUCCUCCAAUAUUUUUAGCUCAUUCAUCAGCUAUUAUGUAUUCCUUUUCGUUGCCAUUAGAACGACCGAUGAAUACUUGAUUAAAACGGAUUUAGACAGCAUAGAUGUUUAUGUAAGGUUUAGAGGAAAAUGCUUGAAAAUUGUUUUGAAGAAAUGCCUUUACAGAAACACAACCUUGAUGUUUCAGCACACAAGCUGGUAGAUAUGAAUCUACUGUAUAUUUGAUCCAAUGACCAGAAUGUGACUGUCUAUCGCAGGCAACACUAUCAUACAUCAUA